ACAGUAAAAACUGACUUGCUUAAUACGAAUAAACGAGCUACCUGUGAAAUAUUCAAUAUUAGCCUACACUUUUGAAUGCACUCGCGUAACUACAAAUUACGUCUUAUUUUACGUGUGCGUAAAAGCAUGCAGGCGGAUUGCUAGCGCUGUUGCCUCAUCGCGCACUUGCUAGCGCUAGCUAGCAUAUCAAGGGACCCGACAAGAUAAUCUUUAAUGUUGGGUUGUUUUGUAUUACGUUAUAUAGGAAGCAAACUGGAAUAUGAAGCCGGGAAGUUUGGCAUCCAUGUUUCUUUCCAUCAAGUUAGUUUGCGAGCUGGAUAACAUCAGCUAGCUGUCCUAUCAAAUGUGCUUGUGCAUGGCUUCUGCUAGUCUAGCUAAAUACGAUAACGUUAGCUAGCCAGCUAGCUGUUUGUUUGAGAGAAAGUAACUUUAAAAUAUCCCGUGUGAAAACUAAAAGUUUGUCCAUUUCCUAAUAAGCUUUGAUUGCUAGCAAAUUGGACAUGCCAUGCAUGUGUAUCGCGAUUGUCAUGCUAGUCAGCAAUAGUUCAUACCAGUCUCACUUUCUAUUUGCGAAGUUGGCUAAUUAGUUGUUAACCUUGGUUGCUACAGUUUACAUACGUUGGGUACGUUGUUUACCUUAAUCGUGUAGUUAAUCUAGUCAUAGCUUGUUAACGUUACUUGUAUAGCCGAUUCGUUUUUAUUCACCAGAUUGUCAUCUUGCCAGCUGGACAUACCUACAUGUUUUUCUCAGAUCUUGGCAGAGCCAGCUACAAGGCCGCUUGACUGACUUGUUUGCUAGCCUGUUGUCGUAGGGUGGGUGGGUAGCAUUUGUAUGAAAGGUCAAUUUUAGCUUGGCUAUCCAAUUUCCUCUUAUGCUCGCCGUGUUAUCCGGCUAGUUAUGCUGUGCAGUACCAAGAAGUGGUUGCUAGUUGCAGUUAUUAACUGUUGAGCUAACCCAAGGCGCACAUUGCAUUUCUGGUUCAGCAUGAGUUAGCAAGCUAAUGUUAGCCGGGGAGCUUGCUUAUGCAUGAAAACAACACAUAUUGGUGCACAUAGCACAAUUCCUGCGUGGUGUCAAUUUCUUGCUCGUUCGCUAGGUAGUUAAAGCAUGGAGGCGAUCCUGAAUAGGCUUCGGGGACUGAGCGAUGACCAGCUCCGGGAGGAGGUCAUCGGGGCGGACAUCAAGUGCGGGCCGAUCACCGCCACCACCAGAGCCAUCUUCGAGCGCAAGCUGGCCCGCGCCAUCCUGAGCAGCGAGGGCGGCCCCUCGGAGACGGACGGCGGCGCGGAAAGUGCCGGAACCGUGGGAACCGCCACGGAGCAGGCCAAGCCCGCGGACACGUCGCCGGACGCCCCGGGCGCCGGGGAGGAGGCGGAAUUCGGCUACAGCAUGGGACUCAACCCCCCGGAGGAGGAGGCCUUGUUGGAGAAGCCCAGGACCCCUUGCCAAUUUGGCGCGGAGGAAGGGAACCCCCAGCUGGACGGGCGGACCCCCUCAAAGCCCCCCCAGGUGUCCCCGCCCGUUUUCUACGGGGUUUGUCCGGUGUGGGAGGACGUUCUGACCCGAAAUGACAGAGUCCAUGUGUAUUUGGAUAAGAAGGAGGCCCUGCAGGCCGUGAAGAUGAUGAAGGGGGCCAGAUUCAAGCCCUUCUCAAACCGAGAGGACGCAGAAAAAUUCGCCAAGGGGAUCUGCGAUUACUACCCCUCGCCAAGCAAGUCCGCGCCCUGCGUGUCUCCGGGGAAACCGGGCGUCGUGUUCUACAAGGAAGGCCCCUCCGUCCUGGAGGUGGAGACGAUCAACAGGGAGCGAGCCAACAGCUACAAGAGCCCCCGCACCCAGGACAUCACGGCCAAGCUGAGGAAGGCCGUGGAGAAGGGGGACGCGGCCACCUUCAGCGAGCUGGUGUGGAGCAACCCCCGCUACCUCAUCGGCUCCGGGGACAACCCCACUGUGGUGCAGGAGGGGUGUCGCUACAACGCCAUGCACGUGGCAGCCAAGGAGAACCAGCCGGGCAUCGCCCAGCUCCUGCUGGACACGCUGGAGAACCCCGAGUUCAUGCGGCUGAUGUACCCCGACGACCAGGACGGCAUGCUGCAGAAGCGCAUCCGCUACAUCGUGGACCUGUACCUCAACACCCCCGACAAAGCCGCAUUCGAGACCCCUCUCCACUUUGCCUGCAAGUUUGGAUGCCCGGAGGUGGUCAAUGUUCUGUGUUCGCAUCCGGAUACUGAUAAAAACUGCAAGAACAAGUACGACCAGACACCCUCGGAGGUGAUUUGUGAAAGAAAAAAUAAAACUCAAGAGGUGAAGCAGAAGAUCAUGGAAUAUAUGGAAGAUCGGUUUUACGUGCCCUUACUGAGGGCCACAGAUAACUCCUCCCAGGCCGUGAUUGGUGCUCCCUGGUCACCUGAGCCGUUGGAAGCAGCUUCCCAUUCGCUCCCCAGACUGACAGGAAGCCCCAAGGAUCCGAUUAUGGCAGUGAGAGCUUUCGCUGGUCCGCUCAGCCCAUCCAAGGCGGAAGAGUUUCGCAGGGCGUGGAAGACGCCCCCUAGGGACCGGGCCGAGCACUUCCACCACAUCCUGAAGUCCGACCCGGACCGCGGGGCGGAGAGAGUCGGCAGAGACUUGGCCCGUGAGCGCGGUCACCCCUGGGCGGAGUACUGGGACUUCCUGGGGGCCUUCGCUGACCUGUCCUCCUGCGAGGGCCUGCGGAGGCUGGACGAGUACCUCAGCCGGAAGGACUUCAGCGAGCGAGCGCGGCAGGGGGCCGGGGAGAACGAGACCUGCAACAGGUUCAAAACCCCCUCCCCAGGCAAGCCCAAGAAGUUCUGCAACUCCAUCUCGGUGGGGGCCUUCCUGGACGAGGGCGACGACAUCAGCCUGGAGGAGAUGAAGAACCGGCAGAACGCGGCGCUCACCAGCAUCACGGCGGUGUGCGCCGCCAAGGACGGCCUGAAGGGGGCGGCGGGGGGGCUGGAGUUCCACAUCCUGCCCGUGUCGCGCGGCUCCGACCUCAUCGAGGCGGCCGCCGAGCGGGACCACCUGCUGGCCGAGAAGAGCCUCCUGACGGCGGCGGGAAAGAACGGGCUCUGCUCCCCCGGCGACGGCGAGCGGACUCACAACGGCGAGCGGCCCCCCCGCGGCCCCUCCUGCUCCCCCUCCAGCCUCCUGUCGCCCGUCUCCAACCUGAUGGUGGAGUUCGAGCGCAUGUCCCUGCAGGACGCGGAAGAGCGCCCCCCGGUGGAGUGGAGGAGAGGCGGCGGCGGGGGCCUCGUCAGGCCCCACCGGGACGCCCGUGACCCGGACCCCCCGGACCUUCUCACGGGCGUGGCCGGCCUGUCGCUCGCCAAUGACGACGAAGAUGACGAUGACGAAGGCGCUGGAUUCGGGAAGGGGGCCGCGGAGCCGAGGGACGGAAGCUUCUGGAGAACGGGCGAGAGGAGCGAAGUGGACGGAGGGGCGGAGGAGAGGGCCAGCCUCAGCUCGGAGGAGUACCUGACCGGAGAGGAGGGUCUGGAGACCCCGAAACAGAGGACGGAGGCCCCGGAGAGGGGCUUCUGCGCUCGGUCCCGGUCCUGGGACCACGGGGGCAGGGAUCUGAGCAGCUCGGGGUCUUCCGGCUCCUCUUACAAAUCCAUGGAGAGCGCGCAAGUGGACUUUAUACUGCGGACUCUGCCGCAUGUCAAAAAAGGACUUUUCAUCGAAGGGGACUCCCCAACCAAGUUGGACAGAGAGGUCCUGUCAGCAAUAGAAGCCAUAGAGAUCGACCCACAGAAGUAUCCCAGCAUUCACCAGUGGAAGGGCACAGUCCAGACCUAUUCUUCCUCUGAAAUUGACGGCUGGCCCAGCCCGGCGGCGGGAAAAGGGCGGGCGAGGCCCCUGGCCUGCACGCCCGGGUCGCCGGGGAGCAGCCUCCUGUCCGCCCCCUCCAGGUUCAGCCCCGCCCGGCACGCGACCCCGCCCGACUUCACCAGCCCCGGUCGCUACAGCCCGGCCAACGCCAGCUACAUCCAGCGCAUCCGCCUCAAGCACUUCACCGACCCCCCGCUUUAACCCCCCCCACCCCCGGCUCCCUC